ACAUUCCAAGGCCCGUCGCCAAAACCAUGUGCCACACACAGGCACGCAGCCGCCGAAAUGCAAGCCAUGGAACAUUCAAAGUGACAGAAAGCCCCUUCAUUGCACAGUCAACCUACAGAAUGGAAGGGUAAUUUAGUCAUUGAAUAUUCUGCAAAAUUGAAAAUGAAAAACGGGGAUCCAAUGGGCGCUGCUCUUUAAAAGACCGGGCGCUUACAGGUAGUUAUUCAAAAUCUACAUAUUUAGAUACCGACGCUCUUGCUUGGAAGAUAGGGUCCUCUUGCAUUGGAAGUUAGGGUUUGGAGCUGCAACAAUGGCGAAAGGGAGGUAUUCUAGGGGACAUGGCAAGAGGUGGUCGACAUUAGCGCUCGUUCUUUCGCUGCUUCUUAUGCUAACAGUUGUUCUGCUCAUGCUUCUCGCUCUCGGAAUCGUCUCAUUGCCGAUCGGCACGGUAGAUUCCGAUGCGGCCAACGAUCUGAGCUCUUUCAGGCGCAAGACGUUCGAUGGAGGUGAAGGAUUGGGGAAGAGAGGAGAGCAGUGGACGGAAAUCGUCUCCUGGGAGCCCAGAGCUUUCAUUUAUCACAAUUUCUUGUCCAAGGAAGAAUGCGAGUACAUGAUAAGUCUUGCCAAACCUUAUAUGAAAAAGUCAACUGUUGUUGAUAGUGAAACUGGUCGGAGCAAAGAUAGCAGGGUGCGUACCAGUUCCGGAAUGUUUUUGAGGAGAGGGCGAGAUAAAAUCAUCAGGGACAUAGAGAAAAGAAUAGCUGACUUCACUUUCAUUCCCGUAGAGCAUGGAGAAGGACUUCAGGUUCUCCACUAUGAAGUUGGGCAGAAGUAUGACGCUCACUAUGAUUACUUCCUUGAUGAGUUUAACACUAAAAAUGGUGGCCAACGGAUAGCUACUCUUCUUAUGUAUCUGUCAGAUGUUGAAGAAGGUGGGGAGACUGUGUUUCCAGCUGCCAAGGCAAAUUUCAGUUCUGUGCCAUGGUGGAAUGAGUUAUCUGAAUGUGGUAAAAAGGGCCUUUCUGUGAAACCAAAGAUGGGUGAUGCAUUGCUUUUCUGGAGCAUGAGGCCUGAUGCCACACUAGAUCCUUCAAGUUUGCAUGGCGGUUGCCCUGUGAUUAAAGGUAACAAGUGGUCAUCAACAAAGUGGAUGCAUGUAGAGGAGUACAAAGCCUAGGGUAUUCUUUUAAGGAUCUGUGAUAAAAUUUCAGGUAGUGUGAUCUUGGGUGGGUUUGUGUGUGAUAUAUGUUAAAAUUCCAGUCGGAAAUCCAAAUACAGUUGAAGCGACUCCCAGAAAACUACCAUGUAACAAUUCUCUAACCAGGCGCCUUCUUGUUUUAAAUUUUGAUGGGCUUGUCUCUUUUCUAAUCAAUAUUCAGAUUGGGAGUACUAAAAAUAAAAUACUUGCUUCCCAUGGCCCGUAAUAAUGUAAUUUUCAUGAUGAGUUACAUAGAUGUGUUAGGAGGUCUGAACAUGGGCAGGCAAGAGAUUCAUUGACACCCACCCAGCUCUGUGAACUGGAAAAGAAAGUUAAUUUGUAAAAUUCAAGGUAUGUGAUAUUCAAUUUUAAUUUUCUUUUGCCCCCCUUCUGAUUA